CAGAAAAGAAGCUCAUAACCCUUGACUGUGAUACCCCUCCUCGCACCUCCCUCCCUGUCUGCCAAGCGUGGACAGUGAAAUCUAAUCUCAACUCUCCAUAUCCAUAUCCAUACAAUCCUACACGUCGUCCUUCGCCCCCUUGGACACCAACAACACCAAAACUCUUAAUAUCUCAUCACCCAACAUGGCUUCACCUACAACAACCGACCUGCCCUCGAGGGCUACUACUGGCUUUAGCACCGCCAGCGAAGAUGCCAUUCCCGAAGUUGACCCUUCAAGCACUGCCGGCUUGCUUGCUGAGCGACUCCAGGCAUGGAAACAUGCUGUUGGCUACAUAGAGGAGUACAUGAAGGCCAUGGAGAAGAUCCACGGCCACCACGCCAAAGAAUAUGAGCGGGCGCUCAAGGCCAUCAACAACCCCCUCAAGGAGGGCCACCACUUCGACCAGAGUCUGGGCGGCGUUGCCGGAUUCUUCGAGAACAUGCGCUCCAACACGCAGUCCCUCAUCAACACCAACAUCGAAACCGAAAAGAGCAUCAAGGGCUCUGUCCUCCCCGUUCUCGAACGCUUGCAUAAGGAGAUCAAGCACAAGGCCAAGGAGCUCGCCCAUGGCGCCGAGAAGGGCGCAAAGGAAGUUGACAAGGCUCGCAACACCACUCAGAAGCAGAUAGAGCUGCUUGGACAACAUGCGGCUUCUUUCGACUCUGCGGGGGGUCAUCUCAACAGCCACGACGACCCUUAUGUCGUCUACCGCGGUGUCCUGCACCGUCUGAACAGCCAGGUCAUUGCCGAGAACAACCACCGAAAUGACCUGAUUGCUGUUCAGAACAACUUCCAGAGCUUCGAGGCUCACGUCAUUGAGGUUGUCCAGCAGGCCAUGGAGGCCUUCACACAACUUGCUGGUGGCCAGGCUGACAAGACCCGCGCUCUGUAUAAUGACCAGCUCUCGGUCAUUCAACGUGUCGCUCCUGACUUUGAGUGGAAUGCCUUCAAGGCCCGCAGCGCCGACCGCCUAGUUGACCCCAACGAGCCCGCCCGCUCUGUUGACGCGAUCCAGUUCCCCAACAUGAAUCACGUUGCGACCAAGGCUCUGAUCGAGGGUUCCCUGGAGCGCAAGUCGCGCAACAAGCUAUCUUGGGGCUACUCGACAGGUUACUACGUGGUCACGCCCUCCAAGUUCCUCCAUGAGUUCAAGGAUUCGGAUAACAACCGCCAGGACCCUAAGCCGGAGCUUUCCAUCUACCUCCCCGACGCUGUCAUUGGCACUGUCCAGGGCGAGAAGUUCAGCGUCAAGGGCAAGGACAAGUCCAAGACCAUGAGCAGCAAGCUUACCGGCUCAACCGAGCUCAACUUCAAGGCGCACACAGCUGCUGAUGCUCAGAAAUGGUUCCAGGUUCUCGCAGAAUGUGGAAAGAGUACAGCUCCUUUGAGCACCGGCUCCAGCCCUGCUGGAUCUACGCCCACGUCGCCCAACCCUCAGGUCACAGCUGACCCCGUUGACGCCAAGGUCCAGUCUCCCAUUACCCCCGUGACUCCUGCUACUGAGCACGGCGCUCAAGAAGCUGGUGUUGUCGGCGGCGAGGCUCCUGCUGCCGCUGCUGCACCAGCGACAGCUGAAAAGAAGGAGACGGCAAUCUAGAGGCCUGAAUGAGGCGGACGAAGGGUGACAGCCAUUGCGUCGGAGGCCCUGCACAGUUGAUUUUAAUGGACGGAGUUCUCUAUACCCAGUCCUGCAUACACAGGCAACAAUUG